AAUCAAAAUAUCCUCAUUAUACCAUCAAUUUUAAGAAUAUUUUAAUAUUUUUUUAAAUAAAAAAAAUUAAUAAUAACAAAAUUCAGAAAAAAAAUACUUUUUCCCAAAUUUUAUAUCACAAUUAUCUUAUUUGAUGGGUGGAAUAAAUUGAAAUGUAUUUUAAAAUAAAUAAAAUAAUUAAAGAAUAUAAGGAAAUUAAAUGUUAGAAAUAUUUUAAUUUAUUUUUGAAAAUAAAGAGAAAAAAUAUUAAUGAGGACAAAUUAUAUUGGUAAAAUAUUAAUUUACCCAAGUCAAAAUUAUGUAAAUGGCCAUCUCAAUUCAUACCUGCAAAAACUCCUCUAAACCCCCUCUCUCGCACAGCUCUGUCUCCUCUCUCUCUGCAAAUGGCUGCACUGCAAGCCCACAUUUUUUCCGACAAGUUAACAGCUUUCUCAUCCAUCUUUACGUCACAAGCUUCAUCAUCAUCUUUUCCUCUCUCUUCCUUGAAAAACCAUCGAGGGAACUCGCUCUUCUCUGCCAACAAUACCGCCCAGAACAGACCCUUCUCGCUCUCUACUCAACCAAGAAGACUGCUUCGCAGACCCCCUCAGGGCAAGUAUGUUAGAGAAGACUAUCUUGUGAAAAAGAAGACUGCACAGGAGAUACAGGAGCUGGUAAGAGGAGAAAGAAAUGUGCCCCUUAUCAUCGAUUUUUAUGCAACGUGGUGUGGACCUUGUAUUUUGAUGGCCCAAGAACUUGAAAUGCUUGCUGUGGAAUAUGAGAACAAUGCAAUGAUAGUUAAGGUUGAUACUGAUGAUGAGUAUGAAUUUGCAUGCGACAUGCAGGUUCGGGGUUUGCCAACACUAUUUUUCAUCAGUCCAGAUCCAAAUAAGGAUGCAAUCCGGGCAGAAGGGAUUUUGUUCAUGGAAGUGGUUAUGGCACAACACACAACCACUCCAGUAAACGUAGGCGUGGUUCUUUAUGACUUUGAGAAUUGGGUUGGCAAGAUGUGGUUGAGUUGUAUCAACAUAUCCCUCUCAGACUUCUAUGCCACUCAUGCUCACUACAAAACCAGGAUGCUCCUUAACACCAGGAACUCCAUGGCAGAUGUCUUUGGUGCUGCUGCAGCAGGUUUGGACUUGAUAAAAAAUGCGGAAGUCCAAGCAAUCUUAGGGCCUGUAACAUCAAUGCAGGCCAACUUUGUUGUUGAACUUGGAAAAAAAGCUCAAGUGCCCAUUAUAUCAUUUUCUGCAUCAAGUCCUUUUCUUACAUCCAUCAAGAGUCCAUACUUCUUUCAAGCUACUCAAAAUGAUAAAUCACAGGUAAAGGCCAUAUGUGCAAUAAUUCAAGCCUUCGGAUGGAGAGAAGCAGUGCCUAUAUAUGUCGACAAUUUAUAUGGAGUGGGUUUCAUACCUUACUUAAUGGAAGCUUUGCAAGCAGUUGAUACUCGUGUCCCCUACCAGAGUGCGAUUUCCCCAUCAGCCAACGAUGACCAAAUCGUCCGAGAGCUUUACAAGUUGAUGACAAUGCAAACUAGAGUUUUUAUUGUGCACAUAUUUCCCUCUCUUGGUGCUCGACUUUUUAUCAAAGCAAAGGAAAUUGGAAUGAUGAGCGAAGGCUAUGUUUGGAUCAUGACUGAUGGGAUGACUAACUUAUUAAGCUCAUUGGAUCCUUCAGCAAUUGAUUCAAUGCAAGGGGCAUUGGGCGUACAACCUUACGUUGCGAGAACAAAAGAGCUUGAAAAGUUUCGAGUUCGAUGGAAAAAGAAAUUCCAUCAAUAUCAUCCAGAUAUGGUUGAUGCAGAGUUGAACAUUUAUGGACUUUGGGCUUAUGAUGCUACCAUGGCAUUAGCUAUGGCAAUUGAGGAAGCUGGGACUACAAACUUUGGCUUCCAAAGGGCAAAUAUUUCCAGCAAUUCAACAGAUCUUGAAACUCUUAAAGUCUCUGAAAAUGGUCCAAAUCUUGCUCGAGCAUUAGCGAAUAUCAGUUUCAAAGGCCUGACAGGAGAUUUCCUUUUUGUUAAUAAUAAAUUACCGUCAUCAGCAUUUGAAAUUGUUAAUUUGAAUGGUGUUGGACCAAAAGGGAUUGGAUUUUGGACACCAGAUAAAGGACUCGUGAAAAAGUUCAAGUCACCAAGAAAUGCAUCUUCUAAGGCCAAUCUGGCACCAAUUAUAUGGCCAGGGGAUUCAAUCUCUGUUCCUAAGGGCUGGGAGAUUCCAACAAAUGGGACGAGGUUGCGAAUAGGGGUACCAGUGAAGAAAGGUUUCACAGAAUUUGUGAAUGUGACAAAAGAUCCUAUUACUAAAGUUACGAAGGUGACAGGAUACUGCAUGGACGUUUUUGAUGCUGUAAUGAAGGAAUUACCCUAUGCUGUUGCUUAUGAUUACAUCCCAUAUGCGUUUCCUAAUGGAUCGAGUGCUGGAACUUACAAUGAUUUGGUCUAUCAAGUCCACUUGGGGAAUUUUGAUGCUGCAGUGGGGGACGUAACUAUUAUUGCUAACAGGUCCUUGUAUGUUGACUAUACAUUGCCAUACACAGAAGCUGACGUAUUAAUGCUCGUGCGAGUUCAAGACGAGAAGAUCAACAAUGCAAUGAUCUUUCUGAAACCUUUGUCAUGGGAGCUCUGGGUCACAACCCUCUGCUUUUUUCUAUUCAUUGGAUUUGUGGUUUGGAUCCUUGAACACAGAAUAAAUGAUGACUUUCAAGGACCUCCAUUACAUCAAGCUGGCACUAGUUUAUGGUUUGCCUUCUCCACCAUGGUUUUUGCGCAUAGGGAGAAAGUGUUCAACAACUGGGCCAGAUUAGUGGUAAUAAUAUGGAGUUUUGCUCUACUUAUCCUCACUCAAAGUUACACCGCCAGUUUUGCGAGUCUUCUUACAGUACAGCGGCUUCAGCCUUCUGUCACUUAUGUAAAUGAACUCAUUCAAAAUGGGGAGAGCGUGGGCUGCCCAACUGGCUCUUUCGUUUAUGGAAUCUUGAAAAAAUUGGGUUUUCAAGAUAACCAACUGUUAUCAUACAAUUCUCCUGAAGAGGUGGACAAACUAUUUUCUGAAGGAACUGGAAAUCAUGGUAUUGUUGCCGCUUUUGACGAAUCACCGUAUAUGAAGCUCAUUCAGGCAAGGAGUUGCUCCAACUAUACCACGGUCGAACCUUCUACUUUUAUGUUGAAAACGCCAAGUCGAAAUUUUCAACAAUUUAAAACUGACGGGUUUGGCUUUGUCUUUCCUAGAGGUUCUCCACUAGUACCUGAUGUUUCAAGGGCGAUUCUGAAAGUGACAGAGGAUGAUGAAAUGCGAAGAAUUGAAAAUGCAUGGUUUGGAGGAGAAAGCAAAUGCCCAGAUAGUAGCAAAUCGGUUUCUUCUAGUAUUCUUGGUAUUGAUAGCUUCUGGGGGUUGUUCUUGAUUGUUGGUGUAAUUUCAGUUUCAGCUCUAGUAACCUACACAGCCAUGUUUGUUCAUGAACACUGGGAAAUCUUGAAAGAUUCCAAUUCUAGAGCUUCGAUAUGGAGUAGAAUCCUUCAUUUGUUAAGAAUCUUCAAUAAACCGGACCCGAAAGCACAUGCUUUAAGUAAAGGAAAAGUGGAUGAAAGAAGUGGCAUUAAUGCUCCUGGAGAUGGUGCACCGAAUGCACGAAUGGUUCGGUCCAAGCAGAGCCCAGUGGAAAGCAAGGAGCACCCUCUACACAGCAGAUCGAUGCCGACUCUAAUGGGCCAAGAACUCAAGGGGUUGCCCUAA